AGUGUUGUUGAUUUAAAUCUCGAUCAGUUUGCGGGCCAUCUUCAUUUUACACCCAGAAAGAGCUUCGCUCAUCUGCAAGGAGGCAGCGCUGGGAGGUCAGUGUAUGAAAGGCGGCGAAAGAACCGGAGAAAGAAGGAUGGAAGGUUUUCACCAUGGACAGCUCCCAACAGCCGCUGGGGGAAUGCUCCCGUUCUCUUCUGCGCGUGGAUUUUCUUCUGUGUUUUAACAUGAAGCUUGCAGCCCACCUCCGAUAUUAGCAAACGCCUCCUGCUCCUCCCUUCCCUUGGGAGUGAGCAUCGAGAUCUCAGUCCGGGAGAUUUGACGUCAAGGAGAGCUUUCGUCGUUUUGACGUGUAAACACCCAUUUCCAUUCUGGCUGUGGCGGGUUUGGGUCCUGUUCAACAAGCAUGAGCCAGACCGAGAGGAACGAUCGAUGCUCUCAGGCAGACGCGCUCUGCUUGUGAACUGUCCGCUCCGGGUUUUUCUUGGCCCGCUGGCGCAGCAACCAGAGGGACGGCGGAGUCUUCCGCUCCUGCGUUUUCCUCCAGUGGUUUGCUGUGGCUCUACCUUGUUCGGAUCUCUGCUGCUCGCCUCCCUUCGCGUCCCUCCCUCUCUCUCGAGUGCCAUGGAAGGGAGAUGCUGGGCAGGGCAGUGCGUGGCUGUGGCUCUGCUCUCUGUCUGGAGUGUAGCAAUCGUGGCCAAGGCAGAGAGGCAGUUUGUCAAUGAAUGGGCAGCAGAGAUCCCGGGGGGCCCAGAAGCAGCAAGAGCGAUAGCCGACGAGCUGGAGUAUGAGCUUCUGGGGCAGAUUGGAUCACUUCAAAAUCAUUACUUGUUCAGGCACAAGAGCCAUCCUAGAAGGUCUCGAAGAAGUGCAACUCACAUCACUAAGAGACUCUCAGAUGAUCAUCGGGUUUCAUGGGCAGAACAACAGUAUGGAAAGAAACGGAAUAAGCGUUCAGGCUUGAGAGACUUGGCAGAAAAUCUUUUUACAGACCCAAUGUGGAAUCAGCAAUGGUAUCUGCAAGACACAAGAAUGAUUCCAUCUCUGCCCAAACUGGAUCUCCAUGUCCUUCCUGUGUGGCAAAAAGGAAUUACAGGCAAAGGUGUUGUCAUAACCGUGCUUGAUGAUGGCUUGGAAUGGAAUCACACCGACAUUUAUAAUAACUAUGAUCCUGAGGCAAGUUAUGAUUUCAAUGACAAUGACCACGAUCCAUUUCCCAGAUAUGACCCAACAAAUGAAAACAAACAUGGAACACGAUGUGCAGGAGAGAUUGCCAUGCAAGCUAACAACCUAAAAUGUGGAGUUGGAGUUGCGUACAAUUCCAGAGUUGGGGGCAUAAGAAUGCUGGAUGGAAUAGUCACAGAUGCCAUAGAAGCCAGCUCAAUCGGUUUCAACCCAGAUCAUGUGGAUAUUUAUAGUGCCAGCUGGGGUCCAAAUGAUGACGGGAAAACUGUUGAGGGACCUGGCAGACUGGCACAGAAGGCUUUUGAAUAUGGGAUCAAAAAGGGUCGACAUGGGAAAGGCUCCAUCUUUGUCUGGGCUUCUGGGAAUGGCGGCCGCCAAGGCGAUAAUUGUGACUGUGAUGGCUAUACAGAUAGUCUCUACACUAUCUCCAUUAGCAGCGCUUCUCAGCAAGGCCUUUCUCCCUGGUAUGCAGAGAAGUGUUCUUCAACACUGGCCACAGCAUACAGCAGUGGGGAUUAUACUGACCAGAAAAUUAUAAGUGCUGAUCUUCAUAAUGAAUGUACUGCAACUCACACAGGGACUUCUGCUUCUGCUCCUCUAGCAGCUGGGAUUUUUGCUCUAGCUCUUGAAGCCAAUCCUAAUCUAACCUGGAGGGAUAUGCAGCAUUUGGUAGUCUGGACAUCUGAAUUCGAUCCAUUGGCCAACAAUCCAGGGUGGAAGAAGAAUGGAGCUGGUCUGAUGGUGAAUAGCAGAUUUGGAUUUGGAUUACUCAAUGCUAAAGCACUGGUAGAUUUGGCUGAUCCUAAAACCUGGAAAGGAGUACCAGAGAAGAAAGAGUGCAUUGUUAAGGACAACAGCUUUGAGCCAAGGUUGUUAAAAGCUAGUGGUGAAGUGACCAUUGAAAUUCCCACAACAGCUUGUGAAGGUCAAGAAAACACCAUUAUAUCCCUGGAACAUGUACAAGUUGAAGCAACUAUUGAAUAUUCCCGCAGAGGUGAUCUUCAUGUGACCCUAACUUCUCCAUCAGGGACCAACACAGUCUUACUGGCUGAGCGACAAAGAGAUAAGUCACCCAAUGGCUUUAAAGACUGGGAUUUUAUGUCUGUUCAUACCUGGGGAGAGGAUCCAAGAGGCACGUGGACUUUAAAAAUUAUUGAUAUGUCUAGAAGAAUGCAAAAUGAAGGAAGAAUUGUGAACUGGAAAUUGAUUUUGCAUGGCAUUUCAACCCAGCCUGAACAUAUGAAGAAACCUCGUGUCUAUACAUCAUACAAUACUGUUCAAAAUGACAGGAGAGGUGUGGAAAAGAUGGCAGACUUUGUGGAGGACAACGCCACACAGGAGAACUUGAGCGAAAAAACCAAGGUGACAGAAAGUACCAGCAGCAGCACUGAGAAAAUGCAGGAAAUGGUUCCAUCAGAAGCAAUGAUCCGUCUACUGCAAAGUGCGUUCAGUGGUCAGCUGGCCGGGAAUCGAGCACCAAAGAAGAUUCUACAUGAAAACUUAAAUAUUCCAUAUGAACAUUUCUAUCAAGCUCUUGAGAAACUAAACCGAGCCUCUCAGAUGAAGGACUCAGAGGAGUCCCUGUAUAAUGACUAUGUUGACCUUUUUUACAACUCUAAACCGUAUAAACAUAGAGAUGACAGGCUACUGCAAGGCUUAUUUGAUAUUCUAAAUGAUGAAAAUUAAUGAUAUAGAGUGUAGCCCUAGGUUGGAAAUAUUGACACAACCCAUCUCCAUAACUACUCAUUUCAGACUAACCCCCACUUAUUCUUACAACUGACAUAAUCACAAUUUUUGUUGCUUUAGACUUCAUUCACUUAAAGAAUAGGGACACAGAGAAAGGCAGCUUGCUAGACAGGAGGUAAUCACCACCACUUUAUUCCAAGCCUUCAAUAAUCCUUAAAAUAAGUGACUUCAGGAAUGAGAGAAAACCAUAAAUAAUAUUCAGACCCAUAAUAUUGAGAAAACAUUAUAAAUUAACUGCAGAUAUUGUUUUCUACCCUUUCUCAAAAAAACAAACCUGAUUAAUCCUGAUUCUGGCCUGGCACUGUCCUAAAAUGUAAUGCUUUUUGGAGACCCUGCUUUAGGCUUCCUCUUAGAUGUCUCAGUGUGUCUGCGCUAUAGGUACACAGAGCAUCUCAACAUUUUGGAAAAUAGCCAGGAACCUCCAUUAUUUAGAAACGUGUACAUACACAAACACAAAAUGUAAGGAUGUCCUAUUAUUGAUCCAGAGAAGUUACCCUGCUGUUAAGAGAACCAAAAUUAGCAAUUAUAAUCAAUGACAGUGUUUCAAGGAAAAGAAAAGCUAGUGACAGUCUGUCUUCUCCCUGUUUUUGGUGAGUUCUUAAUCUGGACUUCCUUCCAAAGGAAAUAAGGCAGGAUGGCCACAAAAUUCUGCCAACUCCUUUUACCCCAACUACUGAAAAUAGCCUACAUUUAUGCCCAUCUUAUUUUCCUUCUGUAAUCAUAUAUAAAAUUGCUCCUUUAAAAACAUAUUUGCACAGCCAAUCAGCUUCAGUUCCUGUGGCAGAAUAAAGCUGUUCUAUUUGUGGAACCUCCUAAUUCUACUGCCCUUAACAAGAAAAAUCCCUUACUAUACCAAAAUCAGGCAUGGAUCUGCAUUGAUUAUACAGAUCCCGGAAUCUGUGUAAUCAAAAGCUCUUGGGAUGCUACCAUCAGCAGCUCUGCUUUCCCGACGAGACAAGAGGCCAGUAUUGCCAGAAACACAGAAACAGUGCUGGUACAGCUGGUGCUAUGUCGGUGCCUGAAGGUAGGAUUCAGAUUCAAAUGGGAUGGUUCCAAUUGCACCCUUUCAUAAUGUUAGACUCGUAUUGCCUUUCUAGUGCCCUACUGGGCUCUAGACAUAUUUAUUUUACAAAAAUGAAAAAUAGAUUCACACAUUUCAAGAGGUGAACCUUGCAGAAAAACACCAAAUAUAAACAGAGAGCAGCACCACGUAAACCAACUUGAGGAUUUUGAAAAUUGAACAGUGGGGUUAAAACACCGUACAUAAACAAACACUAAAACAUUAGGGGCACCAUGGUGCAGGUGCCAUGGGAGAAGCACUGGUGCUUCUGAAAAGUUCAAUAAAACUCAACUACCAGAAGGGGAGGUUGAUAGAAUUUCUCUCUCUCUCUCUCUCUCUCUCUCUCUCUCUCUCUCUCUCUCUCUCUCUCUCUCACACACACACACACACACACACACACACACACUCACACUCACACACACACCAGUACAGCAUUAAUAUGGACCUUUUCAAAAGUAUUAAUGCUACACCAGUGCUUCUCCUGGGGCACUGGAGCUUCAUUAGUCAGAAUGUCAACCAUUAAAUAUAACCUGAGUGGGCACUAUUUCAUGUAUUUCUCUGUGAGUGACAUAUUUGCGAAUAUACAGCCCACUCUCUGAGUGUUGAGUUUGAGUGUUGGCUGUUAAAAAAUAAAAAGCCAGUGAAGAAAGAUAUGACAACUUUUUAAAAGGAAGGAAACCAAAUGUAGAAUCACCCUCUCAAAGGAAUUAAUCUUAACUUGAAUCAGGGAAAGAAAGAAGGACAGAAGGAAGGAAGGAAAAAUAGGGGUAUGAGGCCCUCAAGGACAGUGAAGAGGAAAACAAGAGGGCAGGAGAAAGAACAGACAGUAGGGACAGAGUGAGUUGUAGCAUUUAUGAUCCUUGAUCCUCUGGCAAAAAGCAUAAUUCCUAAAGAGUUCUAACCAAAUAUAAUGACCUGCCAGGGGAAGUGCCAAGUCAUCAGGUAAGGCUCAAAAUAUAGUAUGAAUCUCAGUGUGCUGAGUGGAAUUGCACCUUUCCACCAUAUAGACUCUGUUCUGUUGAACAAGGACCCCAAAUGAGAAUGUACUGUUGAAUCAACAGUUUCUAAAAUUAAGUUGAGCAAAUGGAUGCAGACAAAUUAAACUAAUGUAAAUGUAACAUCCUAUAACUCAUAGAAUAAACAGUAAUACACUCUUACAUAUCUCUGUCUAAUUAUGAUAAACCUAAUUUAAACCUGUUCAAAUCAAAUCUGUAACCCAGCCACCUGUUAUGCAUGUUUAGAUUUUGUUAAAAUCAAUAGGAUUUCAAAACAUGUACACAUGUUGCUUAGAUUGCAGCCAGAAUUCAUUAUUGUCUCCUGGUGCUAAUCAUGCUGGUUGUCAUCCCAAAACAUGUUCACUUGCCCUUUACAGGAAGAAAAUAUUCCUGCUCCUCUACUAGCAUGAGUAUGCAGUAAAGAAUCUGGCUUCAUCUUUCUCAGGGGGGAAACAGGCAUGAAUUUCCUCCCUAUGGAAUUAUAUGGGAAGAUGGAAAAGCAACACACAGUUCCAGUUUUUGAGAUCAAGGCUGCAUUCGCACAUAACGGAAAUCUGGAGGUGAAGGAGCCUGAGGUUGCAAUUCUUGUACGUCCAAAUGAGUGUAACCACGGUUCCAUAAGAAAAGUGACCUGAGGUUUCCCUUCCCAAACUCCAGUUCAAACCCUUGAGUUGUAAUGAGUUUCACUGCUCCUACCUGAGGUUUGUUUUCAGCAGCAUUAUGUCCAAAGGCAGAAGUGGAGUUACAGCAAGCUGUAACUGAAGUUGAGGGAGGAAGCUCCUCCCUCGCUCCGGCUGUGAUCGGAUGCUGGGGCUGUCCUUCAUACCAGAAGGAAGCUCCCACAGGCAGUUCACCUGCCCAUGCAGCAAGUUCCUCCUCCUCUCUGCAGUCUCCAAGACUAUAAUUCUGAAUGUCUGCGAAGUGCUGGGCGGGUGGGAGAGGAGAACCACAGGUCCAUUUGACCCAGUUUCCUGUUAACGUGAGAAUGCACAACAUGACCCUUGGAUCUCAUUAAUUUAAGAUAUUUUCUUUAUGUAAGCAUGCUUAAAAUCAGUGGUCUUCAUCCAAACUCAGUGUUGCAUAUGGGGAACACAUCCAUGGAUCCAGGAGAGGGAAGAUUUCCAACAGUCCACUCUUCCUUCUGCAGCCACCUGUGCUUCCAGAAAAUAUCACAGACAACCUUCAGGAAUAUAGUCUGUGCAGACAUAGUGGGCUGUAGAGGAAAAUAGGUUUGCUGAAAAUUGCCCAUAGAUUUUUCACCCAUGGAAAAUCGCCCAUGUGGAAAUGUUUUCCAACUUUUAGUUUGAUUGUAGGCCAUUCUUUCCUUUAAAAAAGCAUUUUUCUUUUUUAAAAAAGCAUUUCCCCCUCAAAUUUUCAAGAUCAGAGCUCACAUCCACUUUGGAAAACCCUUUUUUUUUUUUGUUUAUUACAUUAUUAAGGCACUUCCAAAUGGAGAGGUUUGCAAGCAUCGGGGCAGUCAUCCAUAAUCUAUAGGGGGACUGUGCCAAUAUCCAUGCUGAUCUUCACUCAUCUAAAAUAAUCAGCAGUGAUCAGCAAUGGAUAGUACAGCAGUCAUUGCUAGAGCAGAAUAAGCAACAAUCAUGCCAAACUGGUGGCAAAUCCUCAUGCUGGUAGUUCCUGUUCUCUUUUAUUUUGUUUGAGAUACUUCCUGUGGCAAGUGCCCUUAUAAGGCACUUCUUUCUCACAAAAUUGCAUUACUUCUUCACCUGUCUCUAUCCACUUGCUUUAUUUACCCUAUACCCAUGGCAUAACCUUUACACUGAAAAGCAGAGGUAGGUUUGAUGCAGGUUUUACUGGAAAGUUCUCAGUUCUAAUAGUAUUUCUGGAAAGUAGACAAUUCAGUGAUAUGAUAGUCUAAAUAGAAAGUAUUUAUUGAAUUUAUGAUUGGAUGAUUCACAGUAGGCAAUUGAAAAUAAAUAUAGCUUCCUACUUCUACUAAACUGGGAGCCUCAUUGUACAUCUAACCCUCCUGAAUAUCUAGCUUAGAUUAUGAUACUGAUUGGUUUCUCUCUUCAGGAAACAGCAUUACAAGUAAUAGUUUGUUCUUUAUUUGAAAAUUAUCACUGCAGACCUUCAGUUACAGCAGUAGUGAUGGCCAAUACAUGAUUGUUGCAUCUAGGGUAACCCUGUUAAAUAUAUAAUAUUUGUUUAUUUUAAGACCAGCUUUUAUAUUGUGACUAUAGUUUCAUGAUAUCUAUGUUUAAAUUAAUCUAAUUCAAGGUCUGUUGCUUAAAUGUUUCCAACCUAGAGUGCAUUGUACAGGUGUUAAAUUAUUUUUGUUAGUCUAUUCUCAGUGCCAGUAUGUGUUUUGUGAAAAAAUGUAAAAUGACAGAUAAAAGCAUUUUAUCUCAAAGAAAAUUAACAUUAUAUUUUCUUUACAGAUAUUUAUAACAUAUUAAGGCUUUUAACAGACAAUUUUAAACUAUAAUAAAUUAUAACAAACUAUAAAAACAAAUAACAAACCAAUUUUUUUGUUCGAGUAAGACAGUUUCAUCCAAUAAAGUAUUUUUCAUGGCGUGUUGUAAUGACAACAGCCACAUGUAUGUGAUGUGAUGUGAUGUUAAAAUUUACAUUUGUUUAAUCAUAGCAUAAUACCCAAUACAGCAUAAUCUGUUAGCAGAG